CUGGGCUGGCUGGCGGGCGGCUCGUCCCGUCCCCCGAGUCAGCGGGCUGCGUUGGCCCUUCCGCAGACAUCCCGCCCUCGUGCCUCGUUUCUUAUUUCCUCACAGAGAUUCGGAGUUUGGCGGGCGGUUUGUCACCUUAAGAAGGCGGCAAAUGGGCUCCUUUCGAGGUGCUGUUCAAGGUGCGCGUUAUGCUUCUCUGAACGUGUUGUUCAGUGGAUGAGGUGCAAACGCAGCAAGCGCGCACAUGGCUGGCAUGAGUAGAUGUAGCAUGGCUAGAAGAGCUGGAUCCACAGUGAUGGCAAUAGUAGUUCUGGCUGCUGCUCCAUAUUAACCCCCUGGCAAUAUGGAAAGUUGUACGUGAGAACUGAGCCUGGAGUGUGUUCCUCUACAUCAGCCUCCUUGGUGAGGCAGCCUGCAGCGGAGAAUGGAAGCCCCUUUGGUAAAAGGGUGGGAGGAACAGAGGGAAUGUUCCUUGAAAAUGGAGGUGUGCAUGGAGAGGUGAGCGACACAAUGGCUGAGAACCCAUCGGUCAGUCUGGGGGGCAUCACCCCCAUGCAGCAGAUGCUGGCAUCUGGGACCGGGGCCCUCUUCACCUCUCUUUUUGUCACACCCUUAGAUGUGGUGAAGAUCCGACUGCAGGCUCAGAGGACACCAUUCUCUAAGGUGUUGUCAGUACAGUCUAUGCCCUGGAGCAUUCACCAGCCCAAAUGGAAAUGCUUCCUUUACUGCAAUGGCCUCAUGGACCACCUAUAUGUGUGUCAGAAUGGAAACAGCUGCACAGCGUGGUAUAAGACCCCUACUCGCUUCACAGGCACCUUGGAUGCGUUUGUGAAAAUAAUACGCUAUGAGGGCAUCCGGUCCUUAUGGAGUGGCCUGCCACCUACUCUAGUGAUGGCUGUUCCUGCUACUGUGAUCUACUUCACUACUUAUGAUCAGCUACGUGAUUUCUUGCAUGCUAAGAUGGAUAGCCAAGGGCGCUAUAUCCCACUAGUGGCUGGAGCCAUCUCUAGACUGGGUGCUGUAACGGUCAUCAGCCCCUUGGAACUCAUCAGAACAAAGAUGCAGUCUCGCCAGCUGAGCUACCGUGAACUGCGCGUCUGCAUCCAGUCUGCUGUGGCCCAGGAUGGCUGGCUGUCGCUCUGGAGGGGCCUGGGGCCCACGGUGUUGCGGGACGUUCCUUUCUCAGCUCUAUAUUGGUAUAACUAUGAACUGGUGAAAGACUGGCUUUGUGGUCAAUUCCAGCUUGACAAGGCCACUUUCAUGGUCAGUUUUGCAGCUGGUGCCAUUUCUGGCACGGUGGCUGCUAUCCUGACGCUGCCCUUUGAUGUUGUGAAGACCCAGCGGCAGAUUGAGCUGGGAGACAUGGAGACACUCCAAGUUAGCACUUCCAAAUCAUCAUCUACCUGGCUGCUUAUGCAGAAGAUUCGGGCAGAAUCUGGUACCCGAGGACUCUUUGCAGGUUUCCUGCCUCGUGUCAUCAAGGUAGCCCCGGCCUGUGCCAUCAUGAUCAGCACGUAUGAAUUUGGCAAGACCUUCUUCCAGAAAAUGAACCAGGAACAGCGGCUUAGCAGCCUGUGAGGUUCAUGAAACGGGCCUCCAUUGGCAGCCUCCAGAUGGACCAAAGCCAUAUUGAUGGCAGGAGAAGGGGAAGGUUUCAGUAGAGACGUGGAAGGAAAAACAGAGUUUGUGAAUAUGAGGGGAUGGAUAAGGCAGAUCCAUCAAGUGAUCACUUGUCACUCAAGGUUCAGAGGACGUUCCCAAGAAAUGUUUUGCUCAUUUAAAAAAUUUUUUGGUAGGAUCUGCCUCAUGUCAGACAAAUUUAAGGGUGCCUUUCAGCUAGCUUCUGCCCUCCCAUCUUCCUCUUUUCCUGGAGAACAAUUUGGAGAUUUAAAUCCCUUAGCUUCCAGCCGGGCCCCCUUAGAGUCAUGGUCAUGUCUUGUUGUUUGGAUGCUGUAACUUUGGGGCCUUUACUCAACUCAUUAGACAAGCAGAAGCUCUGGCCACUGUUGUCUUCCAUCUCUCCCCAAGUCAAGAGAACCUAUAGCUACAACGAUCUGCUUGUAACGUUGUGAACAGAAUGUGGCUUUCAUUGGGCUGCUGCAGAAGGAGAUGGAAGGAAAAAAGGAGGAACCAGACUAGUCCUGGCAUUCCAAAACUAGGUGACCCUUCUGCUGCAUGAAACCUUUAGGCAGGGGUGGGGGUGGCGGCGUAGGUGUCCAAAGAGUAAAUUUGUUGAAGUCAAAGACAGAUACCUCUAUCCCUGCUUUAAUUUUUAGACUGUUGGUCUGCAUGUCUGCUGAUCCCCCCCGCCCCAUGAACAUUUCUGCACAUGAUGGAUAUUUCUGGCUCACAUUGCAGCCCCACACUGGACUUUUGGGAAAGCUAUGGAUAGAAACACUGUUUAGAACACUCAGGAUUUCCCUAUCUCUUUUCUUGACAGCACCCCACCCCAUGGACAGCUUGAACUCUUAUGUUUUCAUGCCUUAAAUAAUGGGUAGUCUGGGCACAAAGAAAUUAACUCUACAUUCCCCGCCCCCGUUCCAAAAUAUCUGCUGCCUUCAAGGAGGACUGAACUCUCAAGCCAGGCUGAGGUUUGGUUUGAUGGCCAACGCCUUACGUGGCAUUUCCUAGCAGCUGCUAGUCUUGCCCCUUUCUCUGCUGUUAACUUGUGCGCCUGUUGCUUACAUUCUUGUGGUGUGGGGAGAAGCUGAACUCUUUAUUAAAUAAAGUCUCUUUUAAGAAUGAAAUUAGAGAAAUUUGA